AUACAAAAUCGACUUCCCAUAUAAAAGGAAUAUCAAAAUAAUAUUAUUUUGAUUUUCAUGCUUUGAAUAUUCAAAGCGUGAAAAUUUCAACAUAUAUGUAUCAUGUUACUCGUAAUAAUCUAGGUUUCCAUUGAAACAUCGUUUCUAAAAAAAUUCCCUCACUUAAAAAUGCUGCAAUGUGUAAAGCCCCUAAUGAUAAGCUAGUGGAUUUGUAGUAUAAAUUUUUUAUUUCCAGAAAGUCAUGUAAAAGAGAUACCAAUGGAAAACGGCAAAAAAUAUUACACAUACAAAAAGUAUACAUAUUGUUUCGGGUCCAAGUUGAAAUCGGGGGUAAGGCUGCGAUGUACUAACACCAGUUCCUGCUACGCUUAUCUCAAAACCAGCCGGGAUUUGAGGACCACCGAGAGUUUCGGAAACCACUCCCAUCCACCGCCAGAGUUGUACCGCACCAGCUCCGGAAAAUAUAUAAAAAUGUGAACCAAAAGUUCUUGAAAAUGUCAGGUCCAAGAACAGAUUCCACGAAAUCUCUAAACAUGAGCUUUAUUAGUGUGUUUAUAACAAUAAUAAAUAAAAAUGUUACACUUGGUGUGCGUAAAAAGGACUUUUAAUUCACCUAAUAGUGUAACGUCCAAGGAAAUUUAGAACCUAGAAACGUAGCUUACUAGAACCACCAUCACAUUUUUAUAUUUCUUCGCGUUAAAUAAAAAAAAAAUUAUUAUGCCACACCAGAUAAAGAAUUUUAGUAGAAAGUCUUAUAGUUCGACUCCUUGAUGAUAGCGUGAAAAUGCUCCUUGCUCUAUUAUAGUCUCAACAUUUUCUAAAUCUACGGUUUCAAGUCUUAGGUACCUAUUUAAAUUGACAUUUACGUUUCAGUCUUCUUUGCACAGUCGCAGAGAGGUGGUCAGCUUCUAAUUUUCCAAGAUUACUCCUACAGUCUCCUCAAGGUUAAGAACGAGGUGGCCCAAUGGAGGUGUUCCAUGGUACAGUCUGGUACCCUAAAGAGGACAAGCUUUUUUGGAAGGCACAUUCCUGAAGACGAAAAGGGCGGGAAAGCAUCCUCUUUUAGUGUUGGCGGGUUACACAUACAGUUAUCAGAAACGCAACGCAGACGGGAGAAUCUCGUGGUACUGCUCGAGAAGGUUGAAAGGCUGCAGAGCGGCCGCCAUCAGCUUUGGAUCCAAAGCAUUUGCUUACAAAGAGCAUGAUCAUCUUCCACCGAGACUUCGAGAAACUGGAGAUGAUUUCUCACUUUCAGCCUACAUCGGCGAAAGGCUUACCUAGUUUCCUUGAUACUCGUAAUUUUGAUUAUGUUGAUGGCUUAAAUCACGAGAGCAUAUACGAGUAUGAUAUAUGUGUGUAUAGUGCAACACGGGCCUACACUUCACAAAGUGUUGCUCUAAAGUUUAGUUAAAUAGCCUUAAAGUAGAGAUGAAGAAAGUAAGAACAAAAGGCUUUAUAAUGUGAUUUUAUUUUUUUAUAUAGACAGCUUUUGAAUAAGAAUAUAAAAUGAGACAGUUUAUUCAAAAUAUGCAUUUAUUGGCCAUCAGUAUUAAAGUAUCACUUUAGAUUUGCCUUUUUUGUGUACAUAAUACAUAAACUGUUGAAUACGAAAGUUGCUUGUGACAAUAAUUUGCUAUAUUUAAUAUAUUGUUGCGAUUUUUUUACAUUCUUAUAACGUAACAUUUCUUUAAUACAUAUUUAAGAAAAAAUGAUCAUGUGUAAUGCCUCAUGUUUUAAUAUAUAUUAUUAUUGGGAUAUUUAUUCCAAAAAUGAAACGUUUAUUAUUGUUUAAACUAUUAAUGAGACCGCCGAAAUUAAUCAUUAUAUAUAAUUGUAAGUAUAUAUGUUUAUAUGAUAGAAGCGGAAAAUAUAACUGUAUGUAUUCCAUAAUGUCAUGAGUACUAUUUAUUAAAAGUAAAGUAAAUAUUAGUUGAAUUAUAGAAUCAUAAAUAGUAGACUUUUAGUAUAGAAUAUAGGCAACGCAUAAACUGAUAUAAUUAAUUAUUGUUAAUUUGGGAAAUGUUUGAAUAAAAUAGGUUUAGCCGUAUGACAAUAGAGAAAGGUUUAAUUUAGAUAGUACCGUGGAUAAUAUUAUGCAAAUACUCAUUUAUAAAAAUAGCAAGAUAGCAAAAAUUCAUUAUUUUCCUAAGAACAUUUUAUAUAUACCAUACCACCAAUUUUAUGUAGAUUUAUGUAUAGUAUAUAUGAUGACAGAUCUCUGUUGGUCUACAUUUUUCCUAAAUGAGUCAAGUUAUCCCUUGAUCACGCCAUAAAUUGCGAAUGACUUUAUCGAUUUCAUUCAAUAUUUUUUUCAUUCACAUCACUUUUUAUUUAUUCGUCAAAAAAUCUGAAAUACAGAUUUUUUCACAGAUUCAGAUUUUUUCCAAUAAUGUUGCGCCUACCUAUACCACGACGAAUUAUUGUUAUCUCUUUCGCUUGCUAUGAAAACGAAACGAUACAUGACAGUUUCCCAGGAAGCGUCGCAUGAACCUUCGUGCGAUAGUGGGGGCGCAGCAUAAAAUAAAAAAAUAAUAAAAAUUACAUAUCAGAACUUCUGUUGGCUCAGUUGGUAUUUUUAAUAUUUUUUAAUGUAUUAGAAAUAAUGUCCCAUGUUCCUAGAUAUUUAACUUUCUUAAUCAUAUUGCUUAACUUGUUGAAGUUAUAUUUUUAUGUGUUGUAUUAUGAAAUUCGAUUAAUAGAAUCUAAUUAAUUACUCUACUAGUGGUAAUAUUGUAAAUAUAGAUGCUGUAUUAUUAUUAUUUAAAAACUUGUGCUGAAAUAUGAAUGUACGUUCCAUAAAUAUGUAUUGGGCCAUUCCUGUAGGUCACCAUAUUCAGGUCCGUUUCUAGAAUAUGGCAAGAAAUCAAAGGACAAGUAUUCAGUAUGGAGUUUAUUUCUACGAACUGCUGACGGGAAAUACUCAAAAUGCAAGAUAUGCAAAAGGAUACUUAAGAAUAAACUAUCGACAUCAAGUCUACACAAGCACCUGAGAAUUCACGAAAUAAAUCUGAUGUAUUUGAGAAAAGUGUCCGGUGAUGAAUGCUAAUACCCUCUGGGAAGGGAAAGCACCCAUUGCUCAUAUACAAGGACCACACAUACACCUUCAAAGUGAUAUCCAGCAACGGUGUGUUAUGGCAUUGCUCCAGAAGGACUCGUACAGGAUGCAAAGCAUUCGUGAAGACUUUACCAGAUCGGAUGUACGUGGUUCUUGCUGCGUAUGACCAGCAUUGCCAUGAGGCCAGACUUGCUGUUAGUACGAAAGAGAAGAAGACUGCCAAGCAACAGAGAAGGAGUCCAGACUAAUGGAAUUCUAAUACCAUCUGGGAAAGGAAAGCACCCGCUGCUGAUGUACAAGAAGCAGACUUAUACAUUCAAAGUUCCCUCCAACAGUGGGGUCCUAUGGCACUGCUCCAGGAGGAACCGGACCGGAUGCAAGGCCUUCGUGAAGACGGAUCCUGACCAGUGGCACAUCGUGAUGAUGGCCAAUAACGUGCACUGCCACGACGCUAAAUCUGCUCCGAAGAGAAAGAAAAGGAAGCCGCAAUUUUAUGAACAAAUUUAAAAAUUAAUUGACAUUCUUAUACUUAAAAAUUCGGAUUACUAUUUUUAUUUUCAAAUUUAAAUUUAUUCAAAGUAUACGUGACGUGAAAAAGUUGAUAUGGUAUGAUACGUAUAAUUUAAAAUUAUUUUUGUAUAGGUGCUAACACGUUGUUUUGUAAGCUGAUAAAACUAAAACUUAUGAUAUAAUUCAUUAUAAGUACAUCAAUCUACCCUAAUUCAUUGCAAACUCGCCGCUAUUACCGCGGAGAUAUAGAGGUUCAUGCAGGGCAAUUUGAUGUGCUGCUGACAGUACCUAAUUAAAAAUAUCUUCGGCUCUCAUGUUGGCAGUUGGUUGGUACCAUGUAUGUCAAGGACUACUUAAACUAAACUUUUGAAGGAAUAUUUUUAUAUGAAGCUCCAACCUAUAUAAAACUAGCUUUCGCCCGCGGUUUCACCUGCGUGAAUUUCUCCAUGAAAGCGGAACACAAACUUUCACCCCCUAUUUUUUAAUUUCGGGAUUGAUUUUUGAAAAAAAAAAAUUAAUUACUAUGUUUCUCCGUUGCUGUAUGUACAGCAUACAAAUAUGUUUAUACAUAGGUAUAUUAGUAUAUUACAAUGUCUAUAGAUUAAUCUAAACGGAGAGAAGUUUUCAUUUAGAAGCAAUUCUACGCAGAUAUUUCUGAAAAGCUAGAAAUCCAUGCAAUUUUUUCUGAGUAUUUUUCUAGAUAUAGUUUCUUAUACAGGAAAUAUGUUUGAUAAUUAAUUACGUUAUUUAAUAUGUCUUAUUUAAAGCACUUUAUUACUUAUGAGAAAGUGGCAAAGCAAAUUUUUAUGGACACUAAUGUUGAUCAUGAUAAAAUACAUCUACAAUGUGUUUUUUGUCAUAUUCAUUUGGUAUUUAUUUUAAAUUGUGAUCUCUUAACCUUUGGUCGCCACAGAGAAGGUCCAUAUUAAUUUAUCACGUAGUAUCUAUUUAUAUAAUUAUUAAUAAAUCUAGCAAUAAUAUAUAGACAAGGUUAAAUAUCACCUGUCUAUUUUACACGUAAAACUUAUAUAUAAUAAAAUAGGACCUAUCAUAGUUAUUGAUUCAAGUCGGUUAAAUUUCAAAUUAGUUUUGCAAAUAGAGUAUAAAUGAAAAUACAUAUUUUGUUAGAUCUUAUCUCUUAGACUACUAGACUAUAAUAAAUACCUAGAAUAAGAAUUACUGUUCGUUAAUGUCUUUGAGUCCCGCACAUAUUUCCGAAUAUCACUUGGCCAGGUAGCAACUGAGAGCGAAGUAUGAGACUAUCGAGUCGAACCAAUCACAUUCCAAUGUGGUUGUAGUUACGUCAUAAUAACGCACUGUGAUUGGUUAUUGGUGGCUUCGUUUCACUGCAAAUUGAUUCGGUACUGAGAUGCAAAGAGCAAAGUCGAAAUAACGCUUGCUUUUUUCCACGUUGCCAAACAUUAGUUUUGGCCGAAUCAACUUUUGUUGAAUCAUUCACAUAUUCAAUUGACAUAAAAAUCCUAUAUUUAAUCAUACUAAUCGAAUUCAGGUUUGUCGACCAGUUCCGUCCCGGCCAGAUGUGACUCAAUUUCUUUACUAUGUCUUAAUUAAUAUAAUAAAGCUAAAGUGUUUAUACGUUUGGUUGCUUGAAAGAUUCUUUAUUUGUGUGAUAACUACAUUUAUAAGACUUAUAGCCUAUCCAGAACACCUAAUUUUCCAAGGAAGUGAAGCUGCGAAGCACUGCUAUAUUAUAAAAUGUUCUGUAUUUACUAACUGGUUCACUUGCACAAUAACUUAGUUAUUUAAGCAUACUUUUAUAAUUACUUACAUGAAUAAAUUUAAUGUUUCAUAAGUUGA